UCCCGCCAUGUGCCUGGGGUGGGGGUGGGCGCUGCUGGCGGCGCUGCUGGUGCCAGCCCCCGCCCUGCGCUGCGGCGGCGUCCCCUGCCCCUCCCCCCAGGACGCGUGUCGCCGGACGACCCUGACGACCCUGACGGGUGGUGACGCUGCGGGAGGAGCGCUGCCGGGGGGGAGGGGAGGGCGGCUGCCCCGCCCCCACCCCCCCGCCCCGCUCACCCCCCGCAGGGCGCCCCCUGCUGUGCCCGACCUGCGACGCGGCCGACGGCUCGUGCCGGCCCCCGCUGGCGGCGCUGCCCUGCCCCCCGCCCCACCGACUACUGCCUUGACGUCAUCACCCGCCUGCCCGGGGAAGUGGGGGAGGGGCGGAUCCGGGGGUGUGGCCGCGCCGGCGCGUGCCGGGGGCUCCUGGCGUUGGAGAGCGGGCGGGGCCGGCAGGUGGCGCUGCGGUGCUGCCAGCGCGACCAGUGCGAGCCCGAGGAGGAGCCGCCCCCCUCGGGCCUGCGCUGCUGGGCCUGCGAGGGGCCGGAGCCCCACGGCUGCGACCCCCAAGUGCUGCCCUGCCGGGGGGGGCCUGACCCACUGCGCCCUGGCCCGGACCUACGGCGCCGUGGGGCUGGAGUGCCUGAGCUGUGGGGCGGAGGACGGGACCUGCCGUGGGGCCACCAACGUCACCUGCCCCCCCGAGAGCGACGUCUGCGCCGAGGCCUUGGCGGCCGUUACGUGGAGUCACGGGCGGUUCUCGCUGGGCGGGCGGGGCUGCGGGCGGGGCCAGGCGGGAGCCAACGCCCGGGCCCUGGAGCUCUUCGGCCUCGUCGUCUUCGUCAGGAGGCACCAGUGCCAGGAGGGAGGGGGCUGCAACGGGGAGCUCCCACUGGGGCUGGAGGGAGCCCUGCCCCUGCCCGGCAACGAGAGCGGCCGGGUGCCCAAUGGGGUGCUGUGUUACGGUUGCCCCGACGACGGGCCCUGCCCCCCCACCACCGUCGUCCAAUGCUACGACGACCUGCGGGGCUGUUUCCACGGCAACGUCACCCUGAACCUGGGCGGGGUCACCCUAUGGCGUGAGGUUCGGGGCUGCGUGAGGGACCAGAGCUGCACCCAGGAGUCCCCGGGGGGACGACGCCGUGGGGCUGAGGGGUUCCUGCUGCGCCGGCAACCUCUGCAACCGCCACCUGGCCAAUAAGACCUUCUUCGCCCCCAAUUUGCCCCGCCUCGAGCUCCUCCCCCACGGCCACGCCCCCACCACCACGCCCAACGCCACCAAGAUGGCCGCCGGCGCCACCAGGGUGGCCGCCGGCGCCACCAAGAUGGCCGCCGGCGUCACCAAGAUGGGUGCCGGCGCCACCAAGAUGGCCGCCGGCGCCACCAAGAUGGCCGCCGGCGCCACCAGGAUGACCGCCGGCGCCACCAAAGCCAACAGGAGGGUCAACGUCAACGGAGUCAAC